GAGGGCGGAGCCGGGUAGCCGGGCCGGGCAGGGCUGCGCCUGUCAGCGGGGCGGCGGGAUGGCGGCGCUCUACGCCUGCACCAAGUGCCACCAGCGCUUCCCCUUCGAGGCGCUCAGCCAGGGCCAGCAGCUCUGCAAGGAGUGCCGGAUUGCGCAUCCCAUUGUUAAAUGCACUUACUGCAGGACUGAAUUCCAGCAGGAAAGCAAAACCAACACGAUAUGCAAGAAGUGUGCUCAGAACGUGAAGCUCUAUGGCACACCCAAACCCUGCCAGUACUGCAACAUUAUAGCAGCAUUUAUUGGAAACAAGUGCCAGCGUUGCACAAACUCUGAAAAGAAGUACGGACCUCCGCACUCCUGCGAGCAGUGCAAGCAGCAGUGUGCGUUUGACCGGAAGGAUGACAGAAAGAAGGUGGAUGGAAAGCUGCUGUGCUGGUUGUGCACGCUGUCCUACAAACGUGUCCUGCAGAAGACCAAAGAGCAGUGCAAACACCUGAGCAGCUCCUCCCGGGCCAGCCUGCAGGAGAAGGAGCAGUACAGCAGGCUCAGCGGCGGCAGCCACUACAACAGCCAGAAAACCUUAUCCACCUCUUCUAUUCAGAAUGAAAUCCCAAAGAAGAAAGCCAAGUUCGAUGCCAUCUCUGCCAACGGUGACAGCGUUCCUUCCUCUCCCGAGAUGCUUUGUCCCCCUGCCCAGAGUGCCCCGUCCACGUUGGCGCAGUGGGCUGCUUCCCAACAGAGUCUCGGUGCCCACCAUUGUCCUGUUUCUCAAGGCACUGACAUCCUGAAUUUCUCUCCGGACCUCGCCCUGGACUCUCCUGGCACUGACCACUUUGUCAUCAUCGCGCAGCUGAAGGAGGAAGUGGCGACUUUAAAAAAGAUGCUACACCAGAAAGAUCAGAUGAUUUUGGAGAAGGAGAAGAAGAUCACAGAGCUAAAAGCCGACCUGCAAUACCAGGAGUCACAGAUGAGGGCAAAGAUGAACCAGAUGGAGAAGACGCACAAGGAGGUCAUGGAGCAGUUACAGGCCAAGAACAGGGAACUCCUGAAGCAAGCAGCUGCCCUAUCGAAGGGCAAAAAGCCUGAGAAGUCAGGAGCGAUCACCUCCCCUUAAAACCAAACCCCACAUGGGAGCUCUGGCCAAGGAGUCUGGGAGACCUGCCCGAUGGCUGGACGUAAAACCUCCGCGUUGUCGCUGCCGUGGACCCGAUGGAAACGCCUGGUGCGCGUUGCCUUUUGACAGCAGGCGUGAGCGCGUCUGCUUUCCAUCUCUCUCGAAUUACUGAUCUGAUCCACGGGGAGAGGUCCCAGCCGUCCAAAAUCCCCCCCAAAGUACUGUUUUUUGGAUGAAAUGUAUUUUUCUUUUCCUAACCAGUUGCUACCACUGCCAACCCUUUUCAUUAGCAAACAGGAACCUGCUGCAUUAGAGACUUCUCGCUGGUUCCCGACGGGCUGCUGGGAGGCAAUAGCCAUGGCCGGUUGUUACGCAGAUAAGACAGGAGCUGCGUGUGGUGGGAGCUUGAGUUUUGUUUUCCCCUGGACUCUUCCCUCUUCAAAAGGAAACCGAUAAAUCACCAGCCCAACAGAUGUUACUGGAAGUUUGUGCCACUGCUGAGAACGGUUGAUCCAGCUUUUUGAAGAUGCUUCCAAAAUGGAGGCUGUGUAUUUAUCUUGGAAGUUUAUUUUGGUUUGAUUUGUUUUGUGGGUUUUUUUCUUCUUUCCCAUGUCAGCUUGGCAAACCGAACUGCCUCAUUUUGUGUUUUCUUGUUUUAUUACGAGAGCUUUUGCAUUGGGAGCAAGAACGUAAUGAUACAGACCCCAACCCACCCCAUUUUCCCCCCUUCGGUGACUUGGUGACCUUUGGGACAUUGAUGGCUUCUGCAGCUCGGUGUGAUCAAGCGCCUCUUACUCCUUUUCUUCAGAGGAGGAGAGUUCAAGGUUUGGAUCAUCCCUGGAUCGAGCUCCCUUCUCCCUGCCCCAUUCCCUUCCAGGCGCGGGAGCCAGUUUGGCUCCGGGAAAGCGCUUACUCAGGCAGCACCCCAAGCCAGGGAGUGGUUUUUUGGGGCUCUCCAGGGACAUUUCUCACUGCUGAUUAAAAAAACCCCACAAAAAACAAACAGCAGAAUAAAAGGGCUACGGAAGUUCCCUGCACCAGGGACGUGCCUCUCCAAAACAGCACAGAGACCACGGGCCCUUCCAGCCAGGCCGGCUCCCCAGGCUCCAGCUUUUUGGGGCGCAGGGGGGGAUAAAGAGCACUUGGCCGCUGCGGAGGUGGGAAAAGCACCACAGGCUCCAGCACCGCGUUCCACCCAGGGCUGGAGAAACAUCUCAGGGCUCCGAGACCAUCAGGACGGAGGAGCAGAAGCUGAAACCUCAGUGCAGAGUCAAAGGUGGGUUAUGGAGAAGAGGAAUUGUCCUUUUGCUGCGGGGCUGGCUGCUCUGUCAUGGCUUUUGUUGAGCUUAUAACUAGACAUUGUCAUUUAUUAUUUCUUUUGCAUCCUUUAUUUCGUUCCUUUAACUCAAAGGCACUUUUUUUGCUGGCGUUGGCUUCCGCCGGGGAAGGAGCCGCUGCAGCAUCACGCGCUGCCGGGUGCGCUCUUCUUCCUUUAUUUGUUUUUAAAAGAGACUUCUGAUGUGAAAACAAGAAAGACAAAAUAGUUGCACUUUGCCAGAGUGCGACGGCCGGAAAAUACCGGAUUUUGUACUUCCCGCGUUUUUAGAAAACGAUGCGCAUCGCUGGGAUGUUUUUUAAACGGGGGCUUUGCUUUUUUCACUUCCCUCGAGAUACAGAAAUAACCAGAGGGAGGAAGGCCCUGUAUAUACUGUUAUGGGGGGUUUGUGAUAAAUCGAUCCUGCGGUUGAGUAGCUGAUGAUUUGUAGUAAUAACCUUGGUUCUUUGUAUGUUUGUAAUAAUGCAGAUUUUAAAAGGGACGCUUUGAUUUGUACAAAACUCUGACAACUGUAAAAGUGUUUUAAAAAAACUCCUCAGCUGUGUCUGGUACUUUCUGUUUGCCUUAAAGAGGAGAAAAAUUGCUCAACCAAAGCA